AUGAGAGUUACGCGAUAUUUUGCUGUGAAAGUAAUUAUUGUGAUCUUGUACUUGUUAACAGUAUGUCAUUCAUAUCCUAGCAGUGUUGGAAUAGAAAAUGAUAAAAAUGAAGAAAUGAAGAAAUCCUUUAAACAAAAAACUAAAAACAUUAUUUUUAAUAAUGUUAACACUACUCCUCAUCAAAAUAUAAAGGGAAUUUGA